UGUCAAUCAUGCGCUCGCACCCCAAUGUGAUACAGCACCUUGAUACAGGAUGUCCUCAAAUGUGCUCGAGAUUCCCUUCCGCCGCACGCAUUCGGUUGAUUUAUCCUCUGCCAUUAAACAAUACAUCUCCAGCAAAUAUGACCAGUCACCUGGAAUGUUCGCAGAUGACCUGCGCGAGAUUGACCGACUUCGAGCCGAUGCAAUCAGUGUCGUAGAGCCUCACAUCAGCGGCAUCAGACGCCUGGCCCUCUAUGCCGCACACCUAAGAUACCUUGGUGGGAAAUUCCCCAUAGACAUUGGUGUCGACUUUCCCUGGUACCCUGCAAUUGGCUAUGACAAAGAGAAACCCAUAUUACAAAAUAAUGUCAGAUUCGAAUUGGCCAAUAUCCUGUUCAACCUGGCUGCCUUAUACUCACAGCUGUCUGUCCGCACAAAUUGGACAACGGUCGAUGGGCUCAAGGCUGCAGCAGAGUAUGGCAUUGCUGCUGCCGGAGUGUUGGAUUUCAUGCGCAAAGAGGUCAUGCCCGACAUGCGAUCCUCUCCACCUGAAGAUAUGGACGAUAUAACGCUGGACAGUCUACAGUCAACGUGUUUGGCGCAGGCGCAGGAAUGCUUUUGGCAGAUUACCGUCAAGAAAAACAUGUCGGAUGGCACUGUCGCAAAACUCGCUGCAAAGGUAUCAGACUACUACAUAAUGGCGGCGGAUACAGGUCGUCAGUCAAGAGCCGUCAGCACUGAAUGGAUCCAUCACUUCCAGGCCAAACACCAUCACUUCGCUGCCGCCGCUCAGUACCGCCAAUCCAGAUAUUGUCUGCAGAACAAGCAGUACGGUGAGGAGAUCGCUCGCCUAAAGGACAGCAUACAAUGUGUCAAUGAGGGCCUGCAGGAAGCUCGCUGGAUCAGCGCAACCGUGGUGGGAGAUCUAAAUGGGCUCAAGACCAGAGUCCAGGAAGACCUAAAGAGGGCGGAAAGAGACAAUGAUGUGAUAUAUCUGCAAACAGUCACGCCCAAGUCAGAACUCCGGAUACUUGACCGCACAAAUAUGGUCGCCCCGAAGACACCUCCCGAUGUAGCCAAUGGGAUUUCCCUAUUGGGCGAAGGACAACCUUUUGGCAAACCUCUAUUCGAGAAAUUGGUCCCCUAUGCUGUCCACCAAGCCGCUUCAAUAUACGAAGACCGCCGAGAUCGUCUGGUCAGUCAAUCCAUCAUUGCAGAUCUGGAAGCCAUGACAGUCAAACUUCGGGAAGUGCUCCAAUCACUCGAUUUGCCCGGCUCACUGCAAGCAUUGGAGAAGCCGUUAGGUCUCCCAGGUAGUUUAGUAUCAAAAGCGGAAGAACUUCGACAACAAGAUGCAUUGUAUCGGAUCAAGAGAUCGGUGGAAGACACCACCAAGCUCAAGACCAACGAUCUUGCGAUCUACCAGGAAGGCCUGGCCCUGCUUGAAGCAGAGAAAGUCGAAGACGACCAAUCGCGCGGAAAAUACGGCACAGACCGGUGGUCUCGACCGCCGUCCACAACCGCCUUGGCCAAGUUAUACCAAUCAGCUCAAGAACUCCGAACAUAUCUCAACUCCGCAGCCUCAAGUGACAAUCUGGUGGAAACCAAAUUCCGUGAAAACGAACACAUCCUCAAGGUAUUGACCGGCACAGACCGAGACCUCGAACGCUUCGUCCCCUCAUCCGGCCAAGUCACAAUGACGCCGGUGAUCGAUCAAGCGGCCUCGCGUCUCAGGGCAUGUCUGAACGAAAUCUCGCGCCUGGAGACGCGACGGCGCAACAGAAUCAGCGCUCUCAAAGAGAAAGCCAGAACCGACGAUAUCGGGCCCGCACUGCUCGCCGAAGCAGCGCGCCUGGAACGCGAGUAUCCCAUGCAAAAGAUCGAGCCGAGCCAGUUUGAAGGCCUAUUCACCAAGAGGCUGGAGAACUACGAGCCUGACCGCGAAGCCUUGUUGAUCGAGCAAGAGGACCAAGACCAGAUCAUUGCGCGCCUACGCGAGGCAAACAAGGCCUUUGUCGAAGCCCGGCGCGGCGAUACAAGUACCACGCGCGAGCGGCAGAAGGCUCUGCAGGCCCUAGAGACAGGCUACGCCAAGUACAAGGAGCUUAUCAGCAAUUUGGACACGGGCCGGAAAUUUUACAACGAUUUGGCAGGGCACGUCGCGCGGUUUAGAGAGACUUGUAAGGCGCAGGUCAAUGAGCGGCGUGUCGAGGCAAGUCAUCUGGAAGCUGAACUUGCUGGGCAGGAUAUGGGUCGAUUGAACCUGGAAGAAACGAGAGGGAAGUUGACUGCCCAGAAUCAGCAACAGCAUGUUCCGCAGACGAGGGGCCGCCAGACUCGCCAGAGUCAGCAGCAUCAGCAACAGGAGCAGUAUUAUCAACAACAAGCUACUGCGCAGCAGGACCAGCACCAUGAGCCGAUCACUGCACCUGUGCCGACGAGGAAUAUUCCACCUGGAGGUGUCAUGCCCUCGGCGGCGACAGGCCCGGUACCACUCAACGUCGCGGGCGGGACGAUUGGUGUCGGCGGUGUCUGGACGCCAGACAUUGGAAUCAGGUUCGGUGGGCCGGGAAAUCAGCCUGGUCAGGCUGGGUAUCCUGCUCCUAGACGGCCGUGAUGCGGAAAAAGAAGGCAUGAUUUUACCAGUUUUUGAAAAGUGAUAGCGAGGCGUUGGUAGCGUCAAGGUAGAUAGCUGUGUUUAUAGCUGUUCUGAUGCACGUUCGAGGUAGCCAAGACUAAAGGCACGAUAUGUAUUCGCAGUCUCCAUAAUGAAAGAUAUGUCGAGAAGAAAA